AUGGCUCUGUAUCAAACUCACUUUAUCGCCUUGUGAAAAUUUUGAAUGAUGACUUGAAGGAAAAUGGCUUUGAUUCUCUGGUUAUUGUCUAUUACAAUUUGAGAGGCAUCUCAAAAUUUCACGGCUUCGAGUCACAUGGUAUUGUGAAGCUUAAAUACACUUCUAAUCGGGAAUUUCAUUAUGCUCUUCAACAAAUAAUAACACCAGUAGCUUCCAGCUCAAUGUCUGCCAUUAUUGUUAAUGAAGAUUAUAAUGAAGAUGAGCAGUUUGAAUUCUCUGAUGAGACCCAAGAACCAGCUACAGAAAUCCAAACAUGGUUUCAGCAGAUCCAUAAUUCUCCCCAAGCCAAUGAAGCUGCUACAAAAAUCCAAAACUGGAUUCAUAAGACUCUUGAUCGAAAGAAAUCCCGUCAACUUCAUCAUGAUCCAUUGCUAGAAAAGACUUAUAAUGAAGUAACAAUUUUUUGCCAGAAUUCAUUGAGACAUAAAAGGCGCAAGUAUAUUAUCCUCUUGAGAGGACCAACAGUAGAUGUGAUUGUGAAGCUAAAUAAACUGCAGAGCAGAAUGGAUGUAACCAAAGGAAACUUGAAUAAAACAAUUAAUAAUCGCUCUAUUGAUAUGGACAAAGUUGAAGAAUGUGUUGAACUGCUGGAGGAUCUUAAGUACAUCCAUUAUGAGAAUGUUAAGCUAACAUUGGGCUCAUUGUCAACAACUGAGAAUGUAAUGGAACACAUGCGAGAAAACAUUGAAUGGUUGAAAAAUAAAAUACAAGAGGCACAUGAAAUAAUUAACCAGGUUUAUGGAUGGCUUGAUAAGUGCAAGUAUGUAAUGAAAUCUGGGUGA